CUUUUCUCUUAUCUUGCCAUACACAGUCUACAGCAAUGGAUAAUUCCAGUGGUCAUAAGUUUGCAAGGGCAAUUUCACGUAGAAAGUGCAUCCCAGCAUAUGUCUUGAAUGAUUUAAGCAGUCGCUUCAUCAUCAACACCAGACCAGAGGAAGUGAAGUCCAUCAUUAGGAUUUUUUUCCACAUUGAAACAGCCUACUGGUUUUAUUUGGACUUUCAUUGUGUAGAAAACGCACAGCUGAAGGAGUGCACUAUGAGAGAGUUCUCAUAUGAUUUAAUAAAUCAUGUACCUCAGUUGAAGCAGUAUCUUGCAGAAUUUGACAAACAUUUUGACGCCUGGAAACAGUACAAACGGACCAUUGGAACGUAUGGUGCAAUUAUCAUAGACCAAACUAUGAAACAUGUACUUUUGGUUCAAAGUUUUUCAGGUAGGAACAGCUGGGGUUUUCCCAAGGGCAAAAUCAAUCAGAAUGAAACUCCAGUGGAUUGUGCUGCUAGAGAGGUUCUUGAGGAAACAGGCUUUGAUAUACGACCUCAUGUCGAUCCCUAUGAGUACCUGGAGAAAAACUUCAACGAGCAACUCAACCGCCUCUACUUAAUUGAUGGAAUACCAUGGGAUACGGCUUUUCAGCCCAAGACACGUAGAGAGAUAAGGGACAUUCAGUGGUUUCCUCUGGAAAUGCUGCUCACUGCAAAGACAGAGUCAUUGCUUAAGGAAACUGUGGGUCAGAAUGUCAACCUGUACACCGUGGUGCCAUAUCUCAGGGCCAUCAAGAAAUGGAUUCAUGACAAGCAGUCAGGGGAUGGAGGUGCCAAGCAGAGAAACCGACAGAGGCAACAGAAACAGUUCUCCCAGCAGAACCAAAGUCAGUAUCAGGAGUACAUGCAGCUGAAGAAGGGCAAGAUCACACCAAAGAACUUUGUGAACCAACGCAAGACUUCUGUCAGGUACUCGAGGGAUAUCCUUGAAUUCCAAGAGAACCAAGUCAAGCAGGGAAGGCGAGGAAUGACUGUUGUUCAGAGUUUAUUUGGACAUAGAGAGCAGCGUCCAGCUGAAGUGUACAAGCCACCGGAGGUGGACACAAACUCUUUUUAUUCCCAGGCCUGGUUCAACUUCUCUUUGGACACUGAUGGUAUCCUAGAGCUAUUGCCUCAUGAAGGAACCUAUUACUUCCCCACUCGGAAAGUGUAAUUUAUGUCGGAAAAAAGACACAAUGACAUGUGGUACAUUGCAUUGAAUUCUUCUAAGUCCGGGGCCUUGAUUUUUGCAUUGAAAAAAAAUACUGAGGUUUCAGUUUGUCCCUCUCUUGACCAAUGAGAGCAUGGUACCGUAUUAUAUUCCUGUUGUGCCAAAUACAGUGUACUACUUUCACAUGAAAGAAAAGGUCUUUUUAAAACGCUACCUCAAAAUUACAAAGUUCUAUCUGCUCAGUACCUAGUUUUGAGCAAUUUGACGUCAAAAUUUUAUAAAGUUU